GGGGUCAACAACAUCGUCUCAGUUUCUAUAUACUUUGGCCGUGAAAAUGAUGUGUUGUAUAAUGGACUGUCGAAGAGUAUCAACAAAUGUUCUGGACCAACAGAAGAAAUCUAACAUUGACGUCUGUCAAACAAAAGUCAAUUGGGACGAUACUGGUAACAAAAACAAUAUGUCUACCUGGCAGUGCCAGGAAUUCUUUAAAAUAUUGGGCACAAAUCUCAGCUCCUCAUGGAAUGCUGCUGAUGAAAAACUAUAUGGAAGUAUGCAAAAAGUGGGGAAAAAAUGAUUUUUAAUUUCUGUUUUUUUUUUGGUUUUCAAUUUUUUCUUUUCUUUAAAUAUUUGAUAUUUACGAAUUUUGAAUUUCAAAAUAAAAAAAAGUAUUAGAAAAUGAAUUUGUAUCAAAAUUCUGAUUUCUGAUUUUUAAUUAAAUUUAAAAUCAAAUCGGCGUAAUUACAAAAUGUAAAUUCCAAAAUUUCCAAUGAUAUGAAAAUCAAGAAUACAAAUAUAGCGAAUAACAUAUUACCGUGAUUUUACUUAAAAUUAUAUGAUAACUAUAAGCUUUUAAAAGACAUUGAAUAACGGAGUGACUUAAAGCUUCUACGAUGGAGAGUUUCUAAAAGCAAAUACGAGCUAUGGCAACAAAAUAGAUUAUCCAUCCACUGUUUUAUUAAAUAUUUAUAGCGUGUGUCAUUUGUGGUAAGUUGAUUGGGUAUUGUGAAAAAAAAAUUUCUGUUAAAUAAUUUUAAAAAUAAUUCCAAGACAGAUUUUACGUAAAGGGUAAUAUCUUACGACUAUAUACUGAACAAUCUCACUCAACAUUAAUAAAAAAAGAUACUUAAAAUAUUUUCAAGUUUCUGUAAUAAAAUGGCUUUAUCAAAAGUUGAGCUUGCUGCAAUGUUGGAAUGCAAGAUUUGUUUAGACACCUAUCAUCAGCCUAAACAAUUAAACUGCGGACACACUUAUUGUCAAGAUUGUCUAGAUGGUAUUUUAGUGUUUAUGGAAGAUGGGAGUGCUGAACUGUCUUGUCCAGUAAGAUGUACUAAAAAGACAACAAUUACUCACGAACAAACAACAUCCUCGUUAGUGAAAGUGUUUACAUUAACUGGCAUUUUGGACAAAGUUUCACCUGGUAAAAAUGUUAAAUCUUUAUGUCAGCAAAGUAAAGAAUGUAACCAGAUAAUCAACUAUUCCUGUGCAACAUGCAGUGUAAAGAUCUGUGAAAAAUGUCAAAAUAUUCAUUCUUGUUCCAACAAAUCAUAUAUCAAUGUCAUUUUCAAUCAAAAAUUGCAAGAACUCCAACCAUUGUGUAAGCAACAUGACUCACUUGCAAAAUUUGUCUGUAUUGAUUGUGAAAAUUUGUUAACAUGUGUUUAUUGCACACACAGACAACAUAAGAAUCACAGAAUAAAAACGAUUGAUGAUUUUGGCCUUGAAGCCAAAAAGUGGUUUCAAUCGUUUAUCACUUCAUUCAAUGAAACAAAAGUGGUGUUGGAAAAGUUAACAAGAAAAUACAGUGACGCUCUAACAAAUUUAGAGAAAGAAAGAGAAGUAUUUGUUCAAAAAUUAAAAGAAAGAAAGUUAAAACGACUAGAAGAAUAUCUCAAAAUGUUAAAUAAAGAAGAAGAAGAUCUACUGCGGAUAUUCGAUGAGAAAUCUGAAGAAUUUAAAGCAAAAUUGACUUGUGAUGGUUUUGUCGACAAUAAGAAAGUACAAGAAUUUACAGAUUACGUUCAAGCUUUUAAUUUAAAAUCUCAUUUUGAGCUUGGAGGAAAGAAUACGCAAGGAGAAACAACUUCAUUUCUGUACGCUUUAAAUGUAUUGAAUUUUCUAUUGUUUUUAAUUUCAAAAGAAUCAGUGCGUGAGGUGCUCGACCGAGUCUUUUUCGCAAAAAAAUGAUCAAAU